UUUGGAGCGAAAGGUGAACAUGGAGGCAAGCGCGCUCUUCACGAUCGCGACGGAGCUCCAGGCGCUAGGCAAGGACACGGACGCGCUGCGCUGCUUCCUCGCCAUGCGCCUCGCGCGUGCCAAGCUGCACUUGAAGGCCACCGAGACAGCCUUCGUGGAUCUUUGCAUCGCUGAGCUGUACCUGCAGCUCGCCUUGACGCACGCCGACGAUCAUUCUUUGCACAUGAGCGCCAUCAAAUGCGCCCAGGACCUUCCGCAUGCGGUGCCCGCCUUCGUGUCUGACAUCCUGCCCGUCGAUGCACUCGAGUGGGGCCCACGGCGCCUACGCUGCAAAUGGAUGCUGCUCACGCUCCAGAAAGCGUCCCACAAUGAACGCGUUGCGAUCUUGUGCGAAGGUGCCAAUACAUGUGACGGUCAACCGGAGCUCGACGCGUGGCAUGCGUGGUUCGUCGCCACGCUCCAAGACCAGCUCGACGAUGUGCACGCCGCUGUGCUCGAUCGAUCGAUUGCAGCAUCCACGUUUGGCGACGUGGCGGCCGCCGCGUACCGCCUCGCUGCACACACGGCCGACGCUACCUUCAAGCUCUGGCUUCUCGAGACGCUGUGCCACUCGUUCCUGGCGGCCGACACGCUCGUUGUCGAGAGUGCAACAAAAAUGUUUGAUUUUUGCAGCCAGUUUGCGCGCCAAGUUCAGGACGCUUCGCUCUCGUACUACUUUCACUUGGUCCGCUUGCUCCUCUACCUGCGCCAAGGCAGCAUCAUCGAGGCCAAAGGCUUUCUCGACACCAUUCCAAAGGCGCCAACAGGGACCAAUCCGUUCUGGGCGCUCUAUGCAGCCUUUAUGGCGUUCCGGCUGCAGUGCUACUACGACCCCAACCAAGGUCUCGCCCUCGCGGCCAAGCAAAUGGCCCGCUGGCCGCCGUACCUCGCAUCGCCCAACUCGGUAGCGUACCUGCGCUACAGUGCGCUUGCGCUUUUCGAGACGUACGAAGUCGCAUGCGUUAUCUUGGACAGCCAAGGGCGGUUCGGGGAGCUCGCCGACCUUGCCACGCGCCUCGUGGACCUCUGCGCCACGUACCGACACAUUGUCGUGGCGACACCGCUCGUUGUUGCCCGCGUGCACAUCGUUCUGGCGCGGUAUGCCCACUCGCUGAAUGCAAUGGACGCGGCCGUGACGCACAUCAACUCGGCGUUUUCGCUCUUGCUGACCGAGACGCCCGCGUGGCCGCAGCAGUCGGACGCGAGCUUGCUCGUGCUCAUGGGCAUCCUCGACGUGGCCACCACGAUUGCGAUCGAUCCGCUACCAGUGCUGGACCCGGCUGGCACCAUCGUCGUCGAUGUCUUGAGUGAUGAUACGCCGUCGGACAUUGGCGGUUUUUACCCGACCGAGAACCUGCUUGAAUUUGCGGCCGGUAUCCUGCGGGACGCAGAGCUGCGCAAGCUCAUUUACGACGGCCCGUCCAAGGAGGUUCGCGCCAAGUACGAUUUGUAUCUGGGCAAGUGGCUCUGGGCCAGCCACGCAUUGGGUAUGACGGGGUCGUACCCGGAGCUGGACGGGCUUCGCAGCUUUGGCCUCUCGAUUCUCCAAGACUGCCUCACGCUCGCCAGCAGCGCCAUCAACUGCAGCAACACGACGGCGGCCAUUAUGGUGCUCUUCGGCCCCAAGCUCGCGACGAGCGGCAAGGUCGAUGAGGGCGAGCACACGCUCACGGACGCGCUCAAGAUUGCGAUCCACACCAAGAACGUGCGGCUCCAGCUCCAGAUCCUGGUCGAAGUCCACGCGUCCUGCGCGCGCAAGUACGAGGCCAAGCCCCAGUCGGUCAUCGCUGACAAGUACAAGAAGAAGCUCGCGUCAUAUGCGCGCAAAGUGCUCCGUGCGCAGUAUGGCUCGGAGGCCUACCGCCGCCUCCUCAAGUGGACGCUGCCGAAAGAACCAGCAAAGAGCGACGCCUAAGCCACGUAACAUAGAGUCUACAAGGAAUACGUG